AUGGAGGCCAUUCAGGAUGGAAAUAAUCCUGAUAUAACCAUGGAAAGCAACCUACAAGCAAACCUUCCAGAGGAAAUUCUGGAAAUCGUUAAUCUUCAACAAUCCCCUCACUUCCUCGAAACUCUCGCCAUAUCUGCAUUGAAGCCCAAACAAACACUCAAAUUAUUCACAUAUUUUAAUUCCUUAAUCGCGGACUCAGCUGCAAGAUGGGUUGCCAAUUCGCAUCCUGGUACCCAAAAAAAUGAAGUUAUUGAAGCAUUUUCACGAAUACUAUACCUUGCGCCGCACCUGAAUACCUUUCUCGAAAAAUAUCUCUCCGAAACUACACCUUCUAUAAAGAAUGGCCCUUCUCGCAAUAUAAUAAGCCUGGGAGAUGGUGCAAGCGUUCUGGGCAAUGGUCUAUCUGAUCUGGCGCUGCAACGAAUUCUGCUGGCAACAUGGAGACUUCUCAACUUCGACAAGCAGGCCUACUCUGGGACAGUUUCGAGCUCCGCGAUUCAAAGCCUUCUCGGACAUACUGAUUUAGCAGUUCGGUAUCUUGCGGUAAAAAUCUUCUGCCAGCUUCAAUUCGCAUCGGACGAUAGGUUGGAGGCAAUGGUCGCAAAAUUUGUUGGAAAUACAAUAGCAGUAAUGGGGGACUUCGACGGCGAAAUGGUGGACUAUGGAUUCCUUAGUAUCUUCGAAGAAAAGCGGCUGAAAAAUGCUGCUUUGGAUUUGAGCGCUGGAACAGGGAUGUUUCAAUCCCAAAAGGUAUUGCAGGAGUUUUCACCACUGGUUGUUCAAUAUUCAGAUGUGCUCUUACCUCGUCCAAAUGGCUAUCCUUCGCAGCCAUCUAAACUCAUAUCAACAACCACAACCUCGCGUAAUAGCGAAUCUUUUGCCAAGGCCCUUAUGUCUUCAUCGCCAAUCUUGCUCCACGGGUUAGCUGGUGCAGGAAAGACUUCGUUGGUCAAUGACUUUGCACGGGAACUUGGGAUGGAUUCAAGCAUGGUUACACUUCAUUUGAAUGAGCAGACUGAUGCAAAAAUGCUUAUUGGCAUGUACGCUACAGGAUCUACACCCGGAUCUUUCACCUGGAGAGCAGGAGUUCUAACCACAGCUGUUAAGGAAGGGCGUUGGGUUUUCAUCGAGGAUCUUGAUCGCGCUCCCAAUGAAGUUAUCAGCGUAAUACUGCCACUUGUUGAGAGAGGCGAGCUUCUAAUACCAAGUCGAGGUGAAACUAUCAAGGCCAAGGCAGGUUUCAAGCUUCUUGCGAGCAUUCGAACCUCUUUGAAUGUAAGUGGCGGAGAGAUUCCACCAGCAUUACACAUGCUUGGAGCACGAAUGUGGCAGCGUGUCCCUAUCCAUAUGCCAAAUCAAGACGAAUUCCGAGAAAUCAUCGAAGGUACUUACCCAAUAUUGCGCCAAUUUUUGCCUGGAAUUAUCAGCGUUUACGAGCGGCUCUACACACUCUCUAUUAAGCCUUCUUUUGCAUCCAAAACUCGAACUUCAAUAGGCCGCCCAAUAAGUCCUCGGGAUCUUCUGAAGUGGUGCAGAAGACUAGCAAGUGUUCUUACAUCAUCAGGAUCCAAGACCGGCAGCGAGCCUAUAACCGACAGCACAAAAUAUGAGAUGUUUUUAGAAGCCGCCGAUUGCUUUGCAGGAAGUCUACACUCCGAGGAAUCCCGGAGAUCGGUGGUUUCAUGCAUUGCUGAGGAAAUGCACAUUGAUCCUCAGACCAUGGAACAUUUUCUUACUGGCCACAUUCCACGUUACGAUGACGGCGAUAACGAGCUUUUGAUUGGUAGAGUGCGAUUGUCUAAGAAACGAAGUAGUCGUGUCACGAAGCCCACUAAAAAGAGCCGUCCCUUUGCGAAUACAACGCAUGCCAAAAAACUGCUUGAACAAGUCGGAGUAGCGGUCCGGAUGGCUGAGCCAGUCUUGUUGGUUGGAGAGACUGGUAUUGGUAAGACUACUGUCGUACAGCAGCUUGCAGAUUCGUUGGGUUUCAAACUUACUGCUGUGAACUUAUCACAACAAAGUGAAGUCGGUGAUUUGCUUGGAGGCUUUAAACCUGUCAAUGUCAGGAGUCUUGCAAUCCCACUCAAAGAUGAGUUUGAUGAUCUUUUUGCAUCGACAGGCAUUUCUGCCACAAAGAAUCAGAAGUACAUUGAUCAACUUGGAAAGUGCGUUGCAAAAAGUCAAUGGAGCAAGGCAUCGAAAUUGUGGCGUGAGGCUCCCAAAAUGUUUGAAAAAAUCAUUUCUGAGCUUGCCAAAAAAGAAGAAGCAAGUAUGCCUACAAACUCUGAGCAACCAACAAAGAGGCGAAAGACGGAGUCAAAACUACAGUCACUGUUGAAAUUGAAGUCUCGUUGGUCAAGGUUCUCGCAGAGCUUGGACCAAUUCGAUAUUCAGUUGUCUGCAGGCUCCAAAGGGUUUGCUUUCUCAUUCGUUGAAGGUAACAUUGUUAAAGCAGCUCGCAAUGGAGAGUGGGUACUUCUUGAUGAAGUCAAUUUGGCAUCUCCAGAUACCCUUGAGAGUAUAGCUGACCUGUUGCAUGGUGGUACUGGUUCUCCCUCAAUUCUUCUUUCUGAAACUGGUGAAAUAGAGCGGAUCCAAGCACACCCAGACUUCCGCAUAUUCGGUGCCAUGAAUCCAGCAACAGAUGUUGGAAAACGUGAUCUUCCUAUGGGACUGCGUUCUAGAUUUACUGAACUCUAUGUCGAUAGUCCGGACAAGAAUUUAGACGAUCUUUUAGCUGUCAUUAAAGCAUAUCUCAAAGGAACAAGUAGCAAUGACGAAAGGGCUGCUCAUGAUGUCGCUCGUCUUUAUAUGAAUACAAAACGUCUCGCCGAAGAGAAGCGAUUGGUUGAUGGUGCAAAUGAAGUACCGCACUUCAGUUUGCGAACACUGACUCGUGUUCUCUCCUACGUCACCGAGAUUGCUCCGUCUUAUGGCUUACGUAGGGCGCUCUACGAAGGUUUUGCGAUGGGGUUCUUGACUCUUCUUGAUCGAGAAUCCGAAAAAAUGCUUAUGCCACUUAUUGAGCACCAUUUGUUAGACAGCCAUGGCAACCCACAAGCUCUUUUGGCUCAGACGCCAAAACACCCAGAUGAUGGAAAACAAUAUGUACGAUUCAUGAACAAGAAAAGAGAUCGUCAAUAUUGGAUGCUUCAAGGUUAUGAGACCCCUCAAGAGCAACCUCACUACAUUAUCACGCCAUUUGUUGAGCGUAACAUGCUCAACUUGGUCCGUGCAACUUCAACUCGUCGCUUUCCAGUUUUAAUUCAAGGUCCAACUUCAUCCGGAAAGACUAGUAUGAUCGAGUAUCUUGCUAAGUUUAGCGGAAACAGAUUUGUGCGAAUUAACAACCACGAACAUACUGAUCUACAAGAGUACUUGGGCACUUAUGUCUCUGAUUCGGACGGAAAGCUGCGUUUUCAAGAAGGUUUGCUCGUUCAAGCUCUCCGUCAAGGCCACUGGAUUGUUCUCGAUGAACUCAAUUUGGCUCCUACCGAUGUUUUAGAAGCACUCAAUCGUCUUCUGGAUGACAACCGUGAACUUCUCAUCCCAGAAACGCAGGAAAUUGUUCGUCCACAUGAGAACUUUAUGCUCUUCGCAACACAGAAUCCUCCGGGACUUUAUGGUGGUCGUAAAACUCUAUCUCGGGCGUUCCGCAAUCGUUUCCUUGAGCUCCAUUUUGAUGACAUUCCAGAAGAUGAACUCGAUUUUAUCCUUGAGAAACGAAGUCAGAAGGUUGCGCCAUCAGAUUGCCGAAGAAUCGUCGCAGUAUACAAGGAGCUUUCACGCCUCAGGCAGUCUACACGUCUUUUCGAACAGAAGGAUAGUUUCGCUACCCUUCGUGAUCUUUUCCGAUGGGCACUACGAGAUGCUGACAAUAGGGAGCAGCUUGCCGCUAAUGGGUACAUGCUACUUGCCGAACGUGUUCGCAAUUCGGAAGAGAGGGCAGCCGUCAAGGAAAUUAUUGAGAAAGUCAUGAAGGUCAAAAUUGAUAUAGAUGAUCUUUACGGUAACAAUCUUGCAGAGAUCAAAGCCUACAAUUCAACCACGAAUUCGCAAGGUGUAGUUUGGACACAGGCAAUGCGCAGGCUUUAUGUAUUGGUUGCUCAUGCUCUUCGCAAUAAUGAGCCUGUGUUGCUUGUGGGUGAAACCGGAUGCGGUAAGACUACUGUAUGCCAGAUGCUAGCUGAAGCAUUUGGAAAGACUCUUCACAUCGUAAACGCACAUCAAAAUACAGAGACAGGAGAUCUUAUUGGAGCUCAAAGACCAGUACGAAACAGAGCCUCUGUCUUGGAGCUGCUCAAAAAAGAUCUUCUGCAGUCGUUGGAUGGGGUUGGUCAAGGUCAAUCGGAUUCUGAGGAUCUCGACUCAUUGUUGGCUACAUAUAAAUCUCUUCCAGAAACAUCCGUUUCUCAGAUACCCAUCGAUCUGUCAUCGCGAAUUAAACUCAAUCAAAUCAAGGCCAAGGCACUCUUCGAGUGGUCUGAUGGAAGUCUCGUGCAAGCUUUGAAGGAAGGUCAGUUCUUUUUACUUGACGAAAUAUCACUCGCAGACGAUUCAGUGUUGGAGAGAUUAAAUUCCGUUUUGGAGUCACAUAGAACAAUUUUGCUGGCAGAGAAGGGUGUAGAGAACUCGUUCGUCCAGGCUGCUGACGGGUUCCAAUUUUUUGCGACUAUGAACCCUGGAGGUGAUUACGGUAAGAGGGAAUUGUCACCCGCUCUUCGAAACAGAUUUACGGAAAUCUGGGUUCCAGCCUUGUCAGACCAUGCAGAUGUCAUUCAAAUUGUGGAAGCCAAGUUAAAUCCCAAGAUGAAACAAUUUUCGGAGCCCAUGGUCAAGUUUGCAGAAUGGUUUGGUGAAACAUAUCGAUCUACAUCCUCGACCUCAAUAUCUGUUCGUGAUAUCUUGGCAUGGAUCAAAUUCAUGAAUGAAUGCUCGACUACCAAUCCCCACUACGCUGUUCUUCAUGGUGCGGCUAUGGUUUAUAUUGAUACCCUUGGAGCAAAUCCAGCUGCUCUCUUGGCAAUUAAUCCGGAAACGAUUCAUGAGGAACGUGCAAAAUGCCUCCAUCAAUUGGGUGCUUUACUCAACCAUGAUGUCAAUGCCAUAUACUUUACACCAAUACAAUUUCAAGACCAGGAUAGUCACAUCUCCAUGGGCGGCUUCCAUGCUCCAAAAUUGGCUGGCUCUGACAGCGACCCAGGGUUUGCCUUCGAUGCGCCUACGACGAAACUCAACGGCAUGCGUGUACUUCGUGCCCUCCAAGUUCAAAAGCCCAUACUUAUCGAAGGUAGCCCUGGUGUUGGCAAGACGACCUUGAUUGCAGCAUUAGCACGUGCUUGCAAUAGACCGCUGACUCGUAUCAAUUUGUCAGAGCAAACUGAUCUUAUGGAUUUGUUUGGAUCAGACGUUCCUGUUGAAGGUGCCGAGGCUGGACAUUUCGCGUGGCGCGAUGCUCCAUUCCUUCAAGCAAUGCAACGAGGAGAAUGGGUACUUCUAGACGAGAUGAAUCUUGCCUCUCAAUCGGUUCUCGAAGGUUUGAAUGCUUGUCUUGAUCACCGUGGAGAGGUCUAUAUCUCAGAGUUGGACCAGACGUUCAAACGCCAUCCGAACUUCUCUGUUUUUGCCGCUCAAAAUCCUCACCACCAAGGUGGCGGCAGAAAGGGUCUCCCCAGUUCUUUUGUGAAUCGAUUUACUGUUGUCUAUGCUGAUGUGUUUAGAGAUGAUGAUAUGAAACUAAUUUGCCAGCAUAAUUUCCCUUCUAUGCCACAGGAAUUAAUCACAACCAUCAUCGAUUUUGUCACCCGACUAGAAGACGAGAUUGUACACAAGCGGAAGUUUGGCUCCCAAGGCGGUCCUUGGGAGUUUAAUUUGCGAGAUAUCCUUCGAUGGUUGCACUUGUUGACGUCGUCAGCUCCAUUCCUUGCUAAUCGAGGCCCAGCCGAUUUUUUGAAUUUAAUAUUUCGACAGCGUUUUAGAACUACCAAGGACAGAGAAGAGCUGGAUGGAGUGUUUGCGCAGGUGUUCGGCUCAGAUGUACCAUUUCGUCAAUUCUAUCAGAACAUGAGCUCGGCCGCCUAUCAGGUAGGAAUAGCACACAUGCCACGACAUGUACUCUACCAACGCACUGCAUUUCCACAAGUUGACCCUGUUAACCGCCUUCCGGAGUUGGAGUCGCUAAUCAUGUGUGUCCAACAAAAUCUACCUUGUAUUUUAGUAGGAUCAUCAGGCUCUGGAAAGUCUACACUUCUUGAGCAUGUUGCUGCUGCUAGUGGUAAAUCUCUCACGGUAUUCCCUUUGAACGCAGACAUCGAUACCAUGGAUCUAGUAGGUGGAUUUGAGCAAGUUGAUCCGCGACGAGCUGCCAGCAAAUUUUUACAAGAGCUUCUCGAGUUUAUGGAAAGUCGUAUACUUAGCACAAUUCCCCAACAGAUUCCCGAAGAUGCAAUCAAAGUUCUCGAUAUUUUGAGAAAGGAUGCCAUGAAUUCCUCUUUCUCUUUCCAGGAGAUUUCUCUCCAUCUUCGACAGCUGGAACAAGCAAGCUCGUUACCAGAAUUUGGAGCAUUGGCAGAGACGUGCGAAACUUUUUCAAGUCGCCCUAUGGCCGUCGAGAAUGCCAGGUUUGAAUGGGUAGAUGGCAUCUUGAUCAAGGCAUUGGAGCAAGGAAAAUGGUUAGUGCUUGAUAAUGCUAAUUUAUGCAGUGCUUCCGUAUUGGACAGACUUAAUUCGCUACUUGAACCGAAUGGAUUUCUUAGUAUCAAUGAACAUUGCGGACCAGAUGGAGAGCCAAAGAUUGUCAAACCACAUGCCGAUUUUAGAAUUUUCCUAACAAUGGAUCCUCGAUUUGGGGAGCUAUCGCGUGCUAUGAGAAAUCGUGCGGUUGAGAUUUUCCUGGGGCCGCUCUCAUCAGAGAACGACCCCAAUACCGGCACUCAGUUUUCUAUUCUGCCAGAAGCCACACUUCAGAGAUAUCGCCAAGUGUCAAAAGUUCUAGACCUUCAAUGUUCAGAUCUUAGCCAGGCAGAUCUUAUCAAUCGUAUCGCACUCGAUAACUUGGCUUGGUCCGAUUUACCUCUUCUUACAAGAUAUGCUGAAAGCGUGGCCCGAAGUCUUGAGCAACAGGGGAUACCUACCACAAGAUUGUCGACAAUAUCUCGACAAUAUAUGCAGUUAUACCAGUCCGAAGACAGCCGCGAUUUGAGAAAUGCCGUGGGAGAGUUAUUGAAUAAAGUUGCGAAGAAGACCUUGUUACCCGCAGGCUUCAGUGACGCACAGAUCAUCCAUCCUCUCCAAAACUCGCCAUUGGUGCCAUUACUGCAAUUCGCUUCCAAUGAAUCUCAGGUUUAUUGGAUUGCAGCAUGCCUGGAGUAUAAACUUCAAAUUGCAGCUGCAUUAGAGGCCCAUCAAGAACAGGAAUCUGUCAUUGAAACCCUUAAGCCUUCCCAAAUGAACCGCCUCCAACGAUCUAUGGUUAGUGACAGAGUAGCUUCAGUAGCAAAGGACUCCACCUUACGAGUCUCCCACUUUUUGAUGCAUACACUUGGAUCCAUUAAUUCUUAUUUGAAUGUUCACGUUACGGCAAAUGAUAGUUGCAAGUUCCGAAAGCAAAUUAUCACUUCUCUAAUUCGCUAUUGGUGGAGUACCUUCAAUCUUGUCACUGCGUCAACGUUCGAAGAAGCGACAUUCCAGUCCCAUUUGGCAAUCGGAAAUACAGUCAUGGAGGAACUUAUCAAGAAUAACCCUCUGGUUGAUGAGCAGAACUCGCUAAUCACAACCUUUGUCUCGAACUUACAAACAAGUUUCGCUUCCGGAUUCAAGUUGACGACGGGACUAAGCAUGGAGUUGCUCUGGAAGCAACUCCGGCCUAUCGUUCCCACCAAAUUCGAAGUCAUGCAAACCAUGGAUCAGAUGGAGAAACUGGCUGUGAGGUUUGAUGCUCUGCGAUGGAAAGCUUCAAUCUCAGUCGCUGAGCUUGGAGGUAUCAUGACUUCCCUCGUGAAAGCACAUCAACUUCUCUUGUCCUCGGAUGUGGAUGGAGCUGCUCUCAUUCAAACUUUGACAUCGGAGAUUGAAACCCUCGAGAAGACUGUUGACUCUGAGGAGGAUAGUCCGCGCCCGUUCUUACAUGACCAAUUCGAAGCUCUGAGACAAUUUCAAGUUCUUGCAGCUCUGGCAUUAAAUCAUCAAACUGGUGAUAUGGUAGACAUCGAAACCGUUGUUCUUGCCGAUCAUCCAAUCACGUCACAAAUGCGUCUGAAUACAUCAAGCACAACUUCAUGGCUGCUACAGAAUAUCGACUAUUUAUGGUCUGGUGAUCAUGGCCUUCAGCCUAUUGCAAACAGCUUUUCAACAGAUUUCUUGCAUCAAAUGAACAUCAUCAGCGAAGUUGACCUCAAGUCACUGAGGUUGCUUGAGUCUGAGCUGCCUGUCAUGGCAGAAAAGCUUGCAAAGUCUAGUGGAAUAAUAUCCAGCAGCCAACUGGUGGCUAUCAAUCAAGUCCUUUCUCAUCUCACGUCGACAAUUAUCGGCGCACACGGUGAGCAAAUCACAAAUGAUUAUCUGAACAGAAAAGAAAUUCUUGCUUCACAGGAUGUUACUGAAACCUGGCACAAAAUCACUCUAGAAAACCUUUAUGAAGCGAUUUCCGCUCAUCAAGCAAAACAUUUCAAUGACCAGUCAUUAAUUAAUACAGAUACCAAUUCCGAUAUUGAAAUGGCAAUUUUCGCCAUGGAAGCUGCGAUUAAGUCGCCUAGAGAUAAUAUGCAGUAUUCGGCUUUAGCGUGGGUCCAUUUUGCUGUGGGCUGCAUUUCCCUUUACGUCCCCGAUCGAGCAUUUGAUCCCGACAAGAGACAGCGACUUGAGCAACAGAGGCACGAAGAAGUAAUCCGGGAGUUGCAAGAUAAGCUCGAUGCCCUUCAAAAAUUCGAGCGUCUCUUCUCUGGCCAAGAAUCGAAUCUCCGCUGCCAACUUCUUGAAGCAGAUAUAGUAGAAAUUGGUGCCCCUCCAGAAGCAUCAGAGCAAGUUUAUCGGCCAGCAGUUUCCGAGUUGGACAAGCUUCAGGGUGAAUUCAAGAACCUCUUGAAAGUUGUUCUACCCUCGCCUGCUAUUGCAUCAAAAAUCUAUCAAUAUUUGAUAAAUGACGAUCAAGAUGUCUUGAACGAAAUCAAACUUAUUCAGAACAACGUCCUUCAAAUUAUACGUCGUCUUUCGGAACGCUUUCAUUCAUAUAGCGAUCUUACCACACCUGUGAUAAAUAUUCUUCGCUGUCUCCAAAUAGGAUUGUACAUGGCGGCACUCGUAUCAAAGGAUCCAUCAAAUAAUAGCAAGGCAGCUUUGGCUCUAAGUAAAGCAACGCCAUUUUUAGGGGGCACUCCUAGGUCUAUCGAUGAAGAGAUUGUAUCUGGUCAGCCAUUAGAAUACUUGACAUUGAUGGCUACUACUACGACAAUUGAGAGUGUUGAUUCCAUAGAUUCACAAACCCGUGAAGCACUCUUUACGUCUAUUCAUUCAUGUUACGAGCAAUGGACCAAGAAGCUUGACGCCGAUAGACUUGAAGGGGAAACGAGGUCGGGCUUGUACAGAUUCCGCGGAAGUGCUGAAGACGAAGACGAGAUCGACCAAGAACAAUUUAAUGAGCUUUUCCCCUCAUAUGAUGAAGAGAAUCCAAGCGCGUCAAGUGCCAUACCACAGCAACAAAAUGUCAGAGAUAUUGCUGUCUCUUUAGCUCGUGUACACGGCGAUAUUUUCUUGGGUGGACCAUUACCAUCUGAAAGUAUCAUGUCUUUAAUCAAGCACAUUUCUGCCCAUAUGGGCAAACUCCAUGGAAGUGACUCCGGAUUUGGGGAUCAGAACAGGAUCAAAUCUCUCCUUCCAGGCUCGCUAUUACUACUAAGUGAUAAGAUUGACGCUUUGAGUUCUUCCGCCACGGUCCCGGAAAAUUAUAAUUUCUACACCGACGCAAAUCUGCCGGAGACUCGCAAGUUAGUCAGUUUGAUUCAUCAAGUGCAAACAAGAUUCAGAGAACUCCAAGCUGUGGACGAGAUUGCGCACAUGCAACCCCUUGAAGAUGUCAUGAUCUCAUGUAAAGAAUUGCUUCAAUUCCGUCACACGGAGCCACUUGCGAAGAUCAUAACCAAGGUAGAGAAAGUUCAUGGCUUCAUGCACGAAUGGCAAUUUGGUGGAUGGGCAAGUCGUGCAAAUUCUGCACUCCCUCUAUACGACAAUUUGACUGCUACGAUAGUAAACUGGCGUCGUCUCGAAUUAUCAACAUGGGCCAAAUUGUUUGACAUGGAAAACAAACAGUGCGACGACGAUGCAAGAUCCUGGUGGUUCGUCGCAUAUCAGACAAUUGUUGCCGGUCCACUCACAAUAUGUGAGUCUGUUGAAGAACUCAAAGCAUAUGCCCAAAAGCUCCUACAAGAUCUUGGGACCUAUUUUUCAACAGCUAUAAUGGGCCAAUAUGUGCAACGUCUUAAGUUGUUGAAGCAACUAGAGAAACACGUUGAUCUUCUUGUAUUGGACUAUCCAAACCUGUUUAUCAUUGCGAGCGCUCUGGCCAAUUUCAUCGCUCUUUAUUCGAGGUACGAAAAGUCAGUAGAGGAUAGCUUGAAGAGGGGUCGAGUAUCGCUAGAGAAAGCCAUGCGCGAUGUGCUACUUCUUGCAAGCUGGAAAGACACAAAUAUUGUUGCCUUACGCGACAGUGCCAAGAGAUCUCAUCAUAAGCUUUUCAAAAUUGUUCGAAAGUAUCGAGCACUACUUGGCCAAUCUAUGGACUCACUUAUCAAACAAGGACUCCCUGAUGAAGUCGCUGCCAAUGAAGCCGGCAUAGGCUACCUCUCCCCAACACAAUUUCCAACCGUCGACCAAUCUGCCCUCGCAUUAUGCGCUUCCACAGUUCCUAGUUGGACACAAAAACCCAAGAGAUUUGUCAAUGUAUCUAACACCGUCAGUAUGAUGGUAGAUAAAAGUCAAUUGCUUGCGUCUUCGGUGGACGGAUCAAGCUAUCUUGAGUCAUUCCUGGAGAAUAUCAUCACGUCAACAUCGGAGUUACAAAAAGCCACUCCGUCGGUCCUUACGGAAGACAACAAAGAUACUGUCAAACAUCUUAAAUCUCAAAAGCGCAAACUCUUCGCAGAUACAUUGAAAGACCUUCGUCAAAUGGGAAUCAAAUAUAACUUGGGUGCCAACGCACUUGCCAAGCAAGACUCACUGUCUCUCGUUCUGGCAAACACGAAUUAUAUCUCUCCAAACGGCUCUCAAGAUCUAGAGUACUACUUUCACAAGACAGUGGAGCUUGCUCCAAGAGCAAGAGAGGCAUCAAGACAACAUUCUGACGAUCUAAGUGGCGCAGAGGUAGCUAGAAGUACUGGAUUCUUGGAAGGCUUGUUGCAAGCUCUCUUGGACCAACGCAACAGUCUCUCAAAUGCAAUGGCAAACAUGACGGUCUUGCGAAAUGUCAUUAAAAUGGCGAAGGGACUUUGGGCUCCGGAAAUAUAUGAGCUCAAGACAACUAGUACAAUCUCUAACCACGAGAAUGUUCUGCAGUGGUUGCCAAACAUCCUGAGUGUUGGACUGGAGCUUGUUAACACGCAUGCAAAACUUGGAAAGAUUGAUGCUAAACCAGUUGUGGAAAGCUUGUCCUCGUGGAAAGAUAUAUUCGUUGAUCUUCGGACCAGAUGGUCUUCGUCAUCUGUUCUACCAUCUGGCAUUGUGUCAACUCAACGCUUAGAACUCGAAAUGGCUAUCAAUGAUGCCACUGAGCAGCUAAAAAUUGAUUUGGGAAAUCUUAUCGAGCAACGUCCAGACCUAGGGUUCAUCCUUGAUCAAAUCUUACCUUGGACUGCCAUCAACUCAUCAUCGGCCACAGCUAUUUCUACCAAGACUCUCCUGGAAGAUCUCGACCAGAAGCUUUCCACUGUUUGCAACACAAUCUUAGCCGCCGUGGAGAAAUAUCACAAAUCCAUUGGCGAUCUGCCGACGUCAACUGAAGAUCAAGGUUGGCUCAUCAAGAGCGAUACUACACUCUUAAAUAGCAUCAAAGCUCUCCACUGUGACAAUGUUGCUGAGCAAAUUAAGCAAUCCUUUGCUAUCCUUCAAUGUCUCAAUCUUGCAGAUGACAAUGUUAGUCGAAGCGCUGGUGCGAUAUUUGCAGUUGCCCUUCCAAUCAUCCAACAAUACUAUAGCACAUUGGAAGAAAGCAUUGCUCGAUACGCUACGUUACAUCGUUCAACAUGCAAAACUUCAUACAUUCUUGCCAAGACUUUUACACAAAUUGCAUCACAAGGUUUCUGUACACCAUCAGAGAAACAGGAUGCACAAGAUGGCAAGACCGAGAAAUUAGAAGGGGGAACUGGACUUGGCGAUGGAGAAGGUGCUGAGGAUAUAAGCAAAGAUAUUGGAGAAGAUGAAGAUCUUGAUGAGUUGGCUCAGGAACCAAACAAGGAAGAGAGAGGAGAAAUUGAAGAUGAACAAGAUGCGGUUGAUAUGGCUGAUGGCGAGAUGGAAGGUCAAAUGGGAGAGGCUGAGGAGAAAGAAGAUGAGGAAGGCUCAGGAGAUGAAGAAAAAGAUGGUGAUGAGAUGGACGAAGAAGCUGGAGAUGUGGAUGAUUUAGACCCUAAUGCAGUGGAUGAGAAGAUGUGGGAUGGUGAUAAUGAGCAAGCUGAGAAAGAUCAAGAAGGGGAUGAAUCAAAAGGAAAGACUUCCAAAGACGAGCAAGUCGCGGCUCAAGAAAACAACAAAGAAUCUGGAGAGGGUGAUGAGGGUAAUGAUGGGGAAGAAGAGGAGGAGGAGAUGGCAGGAGCUGAGCAAAGUGAGGAGGUUCAGCAACAAGAUGAUGUAGAAAAGCAUGACCCACAUGCCGAUGAAGGGGAUGCUUUGGAUUUACCUGACGAUAUGCAAUUGGAUGGAGAAGAGAAAGAGGGGAGCGAUGGUAGUGAUGAUGGGAUGGAUGAUGGGAUGGAUGAUCUUCCGGAUAUGGAAGACGAGGCCAAAGAAACAGAUGAAGUCGCAAAUGAUGGAAAAGAAGAAGCGGAUGCCGAGAAUGCCGAUGGCCAGGAAGAUCAAGAUAUGGGCGAUGAGAUGGAUAUUAUUGAUUUGGAUGAAGAAAAAGAUGCAGAAGGGGAGAAGACAGAGGAGGCCGGCGAGAAAGCUGAUGAAGAGCCAGAAGAAGAACAACAACAACCGGAAGAUCAAGAAGGUUUGUUGCGUGAUCGCGAGGAUGAAGCAACAGCCGAUACCGAGAACGCUGUCCCAAGUGAUGUUCAAGGUGUUGGCGAGGAUCAGGACGACAAUGAAGCCGAUAAAAAUGCCGACUCCAACAGCAAGGCUCAAAGAGAUGAUGGUGGUCAAGGUGGCGAUUCAUCUGAGAACAAACAAUCAGCUGCCGAAGAUGGUGAAAAGGGUCGACAAGCUGCAGGUGAUGCGCCACAGAACACUCAAGAUGACACUGAAGAUAGCCCUACUGCCCAACCAUUCAAGAAGCUUGGAGAUGCUCUCGAGAAAUGGCAUCGUCAACAAUCCCAAAUUAGAGAGCCUACUGAGCAACAAGACCAAGCUCAAGAUCAGAACAUUGAUAUGGGAACAGAAAGCAAUGAGUUUCAACAUUUGCAAGACGAAGACGCUGAAGCGGACACUCAAGCCUUAGGCACUGCUACAGAAGAACAAGCUCAUGCUCUUGAUGAAUCCAUGGCUGUCGAUCCGGAAACUCAAGACAUGCCAGAGAUCUUCCAGCCAGAUGAAGUUGAUAAAGAUGACAUUGACGAAGAUGUUAUGGAUCUCGAAGAUGAUACUCUAGAAGCAAAGGAACCAUCCAACGCAUAUGAAGGUCGAGCAGGUGCUUCUAUCCAUCAAGCCAAUAACAAUAUGGAUGACAAUAUGGACGACAACACUCACGCUCAAGCCAACGAGGAUAUGGAUGAAGAUAUCGAAGAAGUUGACACACAACUCGACAACACUCAUCUUGAUCCUAGUACCACUAUUUCUGUUCGAUCUGCAACCGAAGCUCGCGCUCAAUGGACUCAUUACGAAUCCAUCACACGUCCACUUUCCCUGUCCUUGACUGAGCAACUCCGAUUAAUCCUCGCUCCUACACUGGCAACCAAAAUGCGAGGUGAUUUCCGUACUGGUAAACGCCUUAACAUCAAACGAAUCAUUCCUUACAUUGCCUCUUCGUUUAAGCGCGAUAAGAUUUGGAUGCGUCGCAGUAUCCCUUCCAAACGUUCUUACCAAAUCAUGCUCGCUGUCGACGACUCCAAAUCCAUGGGAGAAUCCGGCUCCGGAAGUCUCGCAAUGGAGACAUUAGUCAUGAUCUCAAGAUCUCUCGCUAUGCUUGAGGUUGGUGAGAUAUGUGUCGUUGGAUUUGGAGAGAACGUUAAGGUAGCACAUGAAUUCGAUGUGCCCUUUAGCUCUGAGGCUGGACCUGUUAUCUUUGAGAAUUUUGGCUUCGAGCAAUCGCGAACAGAUAUCACAAGACUCAUUCGCGAGAGUGUCAAUUUGUUCCGUACCGCGAGGCAAAAGGCAUCAUCAUCUCCUGCGGAUCUUUGGCAAAUAUCUUUGAUCAUCUCAGAUGGUGUUUGUAGUUCUUCCGAACACGAUAAUAUCAGACGAUUAUUGAGAGAAGCGGAGGAGGAAAGAAUACUGAUGGUAUUUGUGAUUGUGGAUGAUGUGAGAACUAAGAAGAAGGGAGAAAGUGUGUUGGAUCUUAAGGAAGCUAAGUUUGUGAACAAUGAGAUGACAGGAAGAAGUGAAGUGAAGAUUGAGAGAUAUCUGGAUACUUUCCCAUUUAGAUAUUAUGUUGUAGUCGGAGAUGUAGGAGAAUUGCCAGGUGUGUUGGCGGGAGUAUUGAGACAGUGGUUUGGGGAGGUUGUUGGCAGUGGCUGA